GGGCCGCCAUUUUGACUGAGCAACCCUAGUGACAGGAGCCGAAGAAGCAGCGCAGGUUGUCCCCGUUUCCCCUCCCCCUUCCCUUCUCCGGUUGACUUCCCGGGCCCCCUACACUUCACAGUCCUGGUCCCGCCAUGUCCCAGAAACAAGAAGAGGAGAACCCUGCGGAGGAGACCGGCGAGGAGAAGCAGGACACACAGGAGAAAGAAGGUAUUCUCCCUGAGAGAGCUGAGGAGGCAAAGCUAAAGGCCAAAUAUCCAAGCCUAGGACAAAAGCCUGGAGGCUCCGACUUCCUCAUGAAGAGACUCCAGAAAGGGCAAAAGUACUUUGACUCAGGAGACUACAACAUGGCCAAAGCCAAGAUGAAGAACAAGCAGCUGCCAAGUGCAGGACCGGACAAGAAUCUGGUGACUGGUGACCACAUCCCCACCCCACAGGACCUGCCCCAGAGAAAGUCCUCACUCGUCACCAGCAAGCUUGCGGGUGGCCAAGUUGAAUGAUGCUGCCCGGGGCUCCGCCAGAUCCUGAGACGCUGCCCUCCUGGGUCCUGUGCUGGCUCCUGCCCCUCCCUGCUUUGGCAGCCAGGGGUCAGGAGGUGGCUCGGGCGCGGGCUGGAGAGGCAGAAGCCCCUGCCCGUCGGUGUCCCAGCGCAUGGAGCCCCUUGGGCUGAGCACCAAGACCCUGAACCUUUUUUGUUUUACCUUUUUUCCAAAUAAUUGUUGGGAGAAAUCUCAGUGAAAUCCUGGGGGGUGGGGUGGGGGGGUUGUGAGAGGGUGGGAUGGGAAAUUUGUGGGGGAUAUGAAAUAGGACUUGGAGUUGAUAAAAACAUUCCUGACUAUCUUCCUUCCCAACCAUGUGGCUGGUGUGGGAUGGGUGUAAGGGGGAGGAGUGGAGCAGAUUCCAGAUGAAGAGUUCUGAUUCAGCUCUGUAGAAAAAUGCCUUGUUUGCUUGGAUGUGGCUGGGGACCUGGGGUCAGAUAAAAGAAACUGUCCAUCUAAAGAUGACAGAAGCAAACAACCCCUCUGGUCCCGCAGAGCAAGCUGAGAACCCAAUGUUAAUUGUUCAUUUUAAAAAGUGCUGUCCUUGAAAUAGAUUUGCUGUGGGGAAAAGGGCAGUGAGUGUGGGGAAAGGGGCCAUGAGCGUGGGGAGCCCCACAGAGCCCAGGGGACUUUUUGAGUAUUUGAAAUAAAAAAAAAAAAAAAAAAGAAGACGACCCACAAAAAAACACAACCCA